GAAGGAACGGUAUAGAAUUCUCUUGCCACUCCCCUGUCCAGCAUAUUUUAUAGCAACUUUCACCAACGAGUCUUUUCCUUUCGCUACUAAUCUCAAGUCGGUAUUCGGUUAGCUUGCUGCUUGCACUCACUGUACCCAGAUUCUGAUUGAGCUCUCAACGGUGCGCCUCGAUCAUUUGCAGAUACUUCAGCUGAAUGCCAAUCAGCUGAAUAACACCAAGAAGGCUGAGAUCGAUGUGCUCUUCUAUAAUCGUGUACCCAAAACAGGCAGCAUGCAACUUAUAGAACUGAUGCGAGCCCUGGGCAAAGUGCACGACUAUGAGGUGGAGAAAGAUCCACAGAACGGCGGCAUUCGGCCAUUGCUAGACACCGCCGAGGAGGGCGACUGGAUAGAUAAUAUCGUUAAUCUCGAGGAUGGCACCGUAUUUGCCAGUCAUGUGAACUAUUUGAACUUCAGCAAACACGAACAGCCGCGACCCAUUUACAUCAAUAUGGUGCGUGAUCCGGUUGACCGCGUCAUCAGUUGGUAUUACUAUAUACGUGCCCCAUGGGUAUUUGUGCCGGGUCGUCGUCGUCACAAUCGCGAAAUGCCCAAUCCCCAAUGGGUCAACACCGAAUUCGAUCAGUGUGUGCUGAGCGGUGAAAAGGUCUGCACCUACAUUGAGGGCUCCCUGCUGGAGCGUGUGGGUGAUCAUCGCCGUCAAACCCUAUUCUUUUGUGGCCACAAUGAGUUCAAAUGCACGCCCUUCAACUCGCGGCUGGCCCUGCAGUUGGCCAAACAGAAUGUGGAGCGCGAAUACGCGGUUGUGGGCACUUGGGAGCAUACUAAUGAAACUCUGGCCGUUUUGGAGGCUUAUGUACCGCGCUACUUUGCGGAUGCCUCCAAAAUGUACUACUCGGGUCUACACGCCGCCAAAGCGAACGACAAUCCCAUGAAGCCUCACAUUCGAGAUGAAAUUAUGGACAUGGUUCGUCGCAAUUUCACGCGCGAAAUCGAGUUCUAUCAAUUCUGUCGCCAACGUUUGCAUAAACAAUAUCUGGCACUAAAACUCAAUGAACUGAUGCGCCUGGACAACAGUUUAGUUCAAUUGCAAUCAGCCAAUGAGCUGGCCGUCAGGGAUUAG